AGGAUUGGAGGAUAACCAUCAAAGCAACUAAUCACAAACCAAAGUUUCUCUAGUUUUCCACUUUCUUUGAGAGCUUCUCUUCCUUUAUAUUCUCAAUUUUCCUUGUUACUUCUCUACAUACAUCAUCAAUAACCAUGGGUUUCAGUUUGCCAAGAGUAGUUCCAGCUAAGAAGUUUCUUCGAAGGACUUUGUCGAAUUCAAACAAAGCAGCUUCAAUGGCAGAAGAUGUUCCUAAAGGCCAUUUGGCAGUUUAUGUUGGAGAGAACAAAAAGAAGCGGUUUGUUGUUCCUGUGUCGUUGUUGAGCCAAUCUUCAUUUCAAGAAUUGCUUCUUCAAGCUGAAGAGGAAUAUGGAUAUGAUCAUCCAAUGGGAGGCCUAACAAUUCCCUGCUCAGAAUAUGCAUUUAUUGAGCUUAUCUCAAAUCUUAACAUUUCAUGAAACUGAUUAAAAUUACAGAGAUUCAUGUAACAAUUUUGUAGAGCAAAUUUGUCAACACAUUGUUGAUCCUUUUUUUCCCUCACUUUCAUUCUUUUUUCCUUGUGGAGUGAAAAAUAGCUCCCAGAUUGAGAAAUGUAUAGAGAGAUGUUUAUUGGAAUAGUCGUAUCAAUAUAAAUUUCUGGUUCUCUUCA